AUGGGAAAUAGUUCUAGACAUUAAAAUCAACAGGGAAACCAGUUUUCAUAAUAAACAAAGCAAUUCAAUAAUUAAGAAAGUGAAUUGAACAAAUAUUUAACUUAGAGUAUGUUUGUAUACAUAUUUAGGUUGUUCUACAUUUCCAUCAUCAAUACUCAAAAACCCUGUGUGCAAGGCAUAAAAAGUAAAUUGCCUCAGAUGCGAUCAUAUAUUAUUUGAUGAUGGAUUGGGAAGAACUAACAAAUGUGAAGAAUGUCAAAUUCCAUAUGUAAUUAAGGAUGGAGUGAUUACUCUCUUAAAUAGUAGCCAGGAUAUUCAAUGCUGCUCAUAUGGUUUCCCGUUGUAAUAGUUAGAUUCAGUUGUGCUGCGAGUGAAUCAGUAUUAUUUGUAAUGUCAAUUUUCUAGGAAUUGUAUUAAUCACAUUUCAUAUGGACAGUUAAUGACCCAAAUUAUAUUGCCUUUUUUUGAGAUGAGAGAACGAAUCAUAACCUCUGGGGCUUGCUUCAAUAUAGAUUAAUUUGAAUUUCGAGUGGUUGGAUGUAGCUCAUAACUCCAAGGUAUUGUGGGUUCUGGCACAAAGAUAUACUGCUAUGAAUCUUAUACGGAUAGAAUUCUCUACAAAUUGAAAAUCUAUACUCAAAGAAAAAACUUUUAAGAUGAACUUUUUCAUUAUUUUUUUUCUCAUCCUAAAGAAAACUAACUCAUUUAAGGUAAUGUUGUUUUAGAAUUAUGCUAGAUUCGUAUAUAAAAAUUAACAAUCAAGAAUAUUUUGUAUUGCAAUGCACUGAAUAAUCAGGAAGAUUGCAUCUCUACACUAAAAUUGAAUGUAUUUCGAAUGUACCUAGGUUGUCUUAGGUUUAAUUGAUCAUUUUGAAACAACCCAUAGAAUUCUCUAAUAGUAAUAGAAAUCAAGCAAUUUAGUAAGUAUUAAAUUAUGUUGUUCGACCAUACUUCGCAGGGUUGACUCGAUAUUUAGAAAAGGGUUAGAUUUUGAGGAUUGGUGAUUUCAUUUUUGAAGUAUGUUUAGUGGAAGAUUACGGAUUUGUAAUUCCUAAUUAAACACAAAUUCAAAUUACUGAUUAAGUAGAUCAGCAAAUGAGUCCAUAACAAUUCUAAUCAAAUUAAAAUUACAAUAUCAUUAGUAGAUCUAUUAACAAUCAAUAAAGUAGUAGAUAAGAUUAGAUUGAAUCUUUGCAUAGAUUGUUGAAUACAUUCAUUCAAUUAAAUGAAAAUGGCACAAUAGAAGGCAAUCUAGGAUGUGAAGACCAUGAGAUAUAACAAUUACCAGUCAGGAAAAUAAAUUUAGAAUAAAUUAAACUAUUGGAUGAGGAUCAUAUGAAAUGCUUGAUUUGUCUAUGUGAAUAUGAGGAGGAAGAUUAAGUAAAAACUAUUCCCUGCUGUAUUCAAAUCUAUAUAUAUUAUUUAGUACAUUAUUUUCAUGAUGAUUGCAUAGAGAAGUGGCUAAAAAAAAGUAGACAUUGUCCAAUUUGUAAAAAUGAGCUAGAAAUUUGA